CCCUUGUUUGUGCAUGUUCUACUCAUGCAACAAGGGGUGGUUCAGUUAUUUCAGAAAAUUGGAUUCACUGACAUGCUUUUGUACUAAUUUUUUGUAAAUAAUUAAAUUAGAAAUAAUUGCUAGAAUCACACUAGUGCGAUGUGUCCCACCAUAACAAAACAAAGUUGAUGGAGAUUGAUGGAAAAUUUUCCAAAUUCGAAGAAUUAAAAAAUGGGCUGCAACACUAGCAAAGAGACCGUGCCGGCUGAAGGAGAGAACAGGGCACAAAAGGAGAAUGAGGAGAAGGAGACAAGUGAGGGAAAAGAAGACACGAAGCCGGAAUCUGCCAAAACUGUGACUUUGUCCAACGGUGGUGUGCUGGUUUCGAACGAACCGACGAAAGAUCCAGGUCUCGAGGACGCAGCUGUGAAAAUUCAAGCGGCUUUUCGCGGUCAUCAAACCAGAAAAAAUAUGAAACAGCCUGGAAAACAUGAGGAGACUGAACCCACUCAACAAGAACUCGAACAGGAAUUCAGAUCCGACGAUCACGAACUGUGCCACGCAGCUACAAAGAUCCAGGCGUCUUUUCGAGGGCAUAUGAUAAGAAAACAAAUGGAGAAAAAGGAAGAUGAGACGGAUCCUUCCCAACACAAGAAAAAUGAGGAGGAAGAACUAGACAUAGACCUUUCAGAUCCGGACUUAAAUAAAGCCGCUGUGAAAAUACAGGCUUCGUUCAGGGGUCACAUGGUUCGUAAGGAAAAUGAAAAUGAACCAAGUAACUAAACGAGAACCACAAUCGUUGACAUAUUUGUUCGUGUUUGUUAAAACUAUACAAAUUAAUCUAUUUUGAAUCGUUAUUAUGACAAAUGUUAAUUAAAACCACGUAAGACGUCUGAAGAUUAUAUUUAUUAGGGAUUUCUAGAAGUAAUAAAUUGUCCUUGCAAUGUAGAAUAACUUUGAUUUGUGACAUACCUCAGUAAUUAAUUAACAAUUAACCAAUGCAUUUCAGGGUUUUAAUUAUACAUGUGAGUUUUCCAAUUAGUAGAUUUUAGAACACAAAAUCAAUUAACAGCGUUGUGAACAAAUGUACACGAGAAAAGUGAGUGACACGUUCGAACAGACGCAACUUUUGUGUUGAAUUUAAAAAUUCAGCCGACUUUUUACACAGAAAUGCAACCAUUUAUCACUUAUGUCAUUUAAAUAAAAACAUAAAUUUAAAAAAGUGUGUCCAUUUUUUGAGCCCCACUAUAGGGAUCCCAGUUAUUAUCAGUGAUACGAGAUCAAUUAAAUUAGGGCAAAGUUGCUGCAAGUUUUAUACUAAACAAUUAUUAAAAGAAAUGUGAUAUAUGAUUUUAGUUUUUGUAAUACGUAAUUUUCGUUUUUAUUUUUUCAAGCAAAAACCAAAAAAACUAGACGUUUUUAACUAGGACGUUCUUCAGGCACUUUUCUACAAGGCAUCUAAAUCUGUCAUCAUAUUUUCCAACUUUGGUUUUUCUUAUUGAAGCCACAUUCACUUUAUACAAUUUUCAAAAGCGUUUUUAUUCCUGAUUACAACGAUGGAUCCCAUGAUAUGAUCGUAUCUUACAUACUGAUCAAAAUGGAGAAAAAACCAUUUUUGCGAAGAGUGCUUUGGAAAAAAACGUCAACAAAACAAACUAGAUUUUAGAGGUUUAUUUCAAUUUGGUUUUGGAAGGACCACAUUUCCUCCGAGCUAACCUAUUUAAAAACUAAACGACAUGAUAAGUUAGAAUUUUAUUAUUCGCAGAACAAAACAAGGCAAAGUUCUCGCAUAUUUAUUAGAACUGUCAAAAUUUAGUUUGUUGUUAAACAAAUAUAUUUGACGUUUUUCCAAAGCACUCUUUACAAAAACGUUUUAUUCCUAAAAUUAAUUGGCGUGUGAGAUUCGAUCAUAUCAUGUGAUAUAUCAUUGUAAUUAGAACAAAAAAAAAACUUUCAAAAAUACAAGUAUCAAAUAUGACGUCCAAAAGAAAAACUAAUGUUUAGUGUUGCAAAUCUGACAUCACGAACGUCUUGGAAAAGGGUCAGAAAAAUGUCCUACGUAAAAACGUCUAGUUCAUUUAAUUUUCGCUUAGAAAAAUAAGAACGAAAAUUACAAAACUUUGAUUUUUUUCAAUAAUUCAAAAACUGAAAAUAACUCAUCAAAUUUACUUUGAGAUAAUUGUUCUGCAUAAAAAUGCGCAACUUUUCCCUAAUUUAACCAACCUCUCGUAUGGUGGAGCUUGAAAAACAGACACCCUGUAGAUCAUUGAAAAAAUAUAUCAAAUGACGGAUUUUCAAAUUUCUUACAGUAGUAUGUAAAAAAAGGCAUUAAAUCAAAUACAUACAAAUAAAAUAAGUAAACUGGAAUCAAACCCAGAUUUUUGAGAAAACUAUGAAAUUAUUGAAAUAUAAAAUUAAAAUAAAAUUACGUUACUACUAAUAAAAUGUCGCCAAACUAACGACAUAGUGGGAUGCUAUUUAUAAAAAAAAAUCCUGGAAAAUGUGUCAUUCAUUUUGCUCCACCCUGUAGGUAUACAAAAAAAAAACAAUUAUUAAUUUAAUUUGGAAAUUAUACUGCGUGUUAGGAAAUGGUUUAGCAAUAAUUUAAGGGUAAAUAGAGAAUGGCAAGACAAAUCGAUUCAGCAAAAUUUAUGUAAAUCAAAAAUGCAUAGUUUUCUCAAAAACUCGUUCUGAAAUUAAAGUCCUAAACUUUGAGAACCGCUGAACUGGAAUUAUAAAAAUUAGCAUAAAUUUUAAUAUUAUUGAGAAAAUGGAGGUAAAUUAACUUCUUGGUCCACUACGUUAUUCUUCUAUUUCAACUUGUGUUUUGUGAUUAAAUUUUACAAAAAAAAAAUUAAAAAAUUUUGAACAUGUUAGCUACAAUUUUGAAAAAUUUUCAAAACGCUCAUGCGCCACCCUCUAUUGUGUUUAAUAAAAAAAUUAACUACUAAUAAACUACCAUAAAUCGUACAGUGGCUCUCAACAGGUGGGUUAAUAAAAAUUUUUGGAAAAAGUACGCACUUUUUGGAAAAAUGAUCUAAGGGUAUUUAAAACUCGUCUGAUCAUGACAAAUUCACAUAAGAAAUAUUGCUAAGCCAUUCCCUAACACCCCGUAUUUGUACAAAAUCGUUGCAUUAAAUUAAACUUCUAAAAAAUACUUUUCGUAUUUUGAUCAAAAGAUAAGCCAUGUUUUUCCCUUGAAGUAACAAAGACCGGAUCAAUUUUUAUUGUUGUAAUUUAAACGCAGUGAAAAUUAAUUUUGCAGUUUCAGUCAUCGUUGAAACAAGAAUUUAAACGUAAUAAUUGCACAUACAAGUCUCAAAUUUUAGUGCCUAUAACACUACGACACUUAUACCAACUCAUGUAUUGUAUUUUAAGGAUUGUAUAAAAUAUGUGUAAAUUCCUUCAUUUAUUGAUCAAUCCCGUCUCUGCGUCGGGUUGAUCGCAUAUCUCGAUGAGUUGAUCCAAUCUACUGUGCCCUAUUUAUAAUUAACUGCCAAAUAUUUGCGUCUCUACUCCUCGAACUUGUCCCAGUUUUAAAAUGCAUUAUGUGUAUCUAUUUUAAAGAUGUGUAAUACGUGUCUUAACUUAAGCUCCUAGGAUAAACCUGACCAGCAUUUUAAGCUGUUUGAAAGCAUGGGUUAAUUUUUAAUGCAAAAUAUAACAAAAUACCUAUUAUUCUGUCGACGAUGAUCUCCCUCAGAGCUUUAAAGUAUUCAUAAAGUACGUGAGUUUUAAAAAUUCCACUAGAUGUAAUGUAAACAUCUGUAGAUAUUUCAACACUACUUGUAUUUACUGAAACAUAUUGUAACAAAAUUGCAUAGAUGCUCCUAAUUUAGUCCGUUGAAACAUCUACAGGAUAAUUUUUAAGAUUUCCGUUUAAAUAAGUUAACAAUAAGUGUUCAGUCUCUGUACUCGGAAGAAGGACAUUCAUUUUUAAAUUUACUAUCAAGAACAGAAUUCUUCUAAAAGUGAGUUUAAAAAUAAUGGUUUUGGCUUAGUACAGCCGCAUCAUAAACUUGGCACACGACAUAUAAUGAAGCUCUCGAUGCUUAUCAGGGAUAAAAGGAUGGGUGUGUCUAUCUAUUGUAAUAUGAUUAAGUUUUCUUCACCACAACAUGCGAUGAAUGCAAUUACGUAUCGAUAAGGUAAAUUACAGUUGCAUGCUAAAGUAAUAACACACACAAUUAUGUGCUAAGUUUGUUUGAUGUUGGUUAAAUGGACACUGCAAGUAUGUUCGCUAAUAACUAUAACAGUGUUAUUAAGUAAGUUUGAGUUUUUGUAAGUAGAUAAACACCUAAGGUAGUUUAAAAGUAUAUGAUUCUUAAUUAUUUAUUUAUUAUAUUGUGUACAAUUAACCCGCUUAUUGAAUAAACAUUUUUAAAAAUAA